AUGGGAAUCAAAUCCGCUCUUCCCAAAUAUGAGAUCUACUUCUACAACACGGUGCUGUGUCUGGCCAUGUUCUGGGCGGCCGGCUGGAUCUUUGAGGUGUCCAGCUCCAACGCAAACAGGAAGUCAUUCAAAACCAGCGUGAAACCAGGAUGGUACUAUUUUGGGAGGAAAAUGGAAACAGCUGAUUUCGAGUGGAUGAUGUGGUUUUCCACGUUCAGAGCUCACAUCCUGUUCGCCCUGUCGGGUCACGUGCUGUUCUCCAAGAUCUGCUCCAUGCUGGCUCCUCAGUACAGGUCCUUGGUGUACAUGGUGUAUGGAGUCCUGGCCGUGUGGACCAGUAUGGGCUGGACCUACGUGACCCUCACCCUGUCCCACUGCAUCCUGCUCUACAGCAUCUCCCUGGUGAAGAUCCGCUGGCUCUGCUUCGCCGCUGGUCUCUGUACCCUCGCCACGUUCAAGUGUGAGCCCUUCGUGUCCUGGCAGGCUGGGUUUGUGUACGGCGACUUUGAGCUGCGCCACGUUCUCUUCUACGGAGGUUGUGGGUUCACCAUCAUGCGCUGUAUGAGCUUUGCGCUGGAGAACUGUGAAAGGAAAGAUGGAAACUACAGCAUCCUGGAGCUGCUCAAGUACAACUUCUACCUCCCCUUCUUCUAUUUCGGGCCCAUCAUGACCUUUGACAAAUUUCAUAUUCAAGCCAACAAGUCAGCUCUGACCAGGAAGGAGUGGGAAAUGUGGAACAUCAGUCAGCAGGGCCUGAUCCACCUGGGGGUGAUCAUCGGAGUGGACGUCCUCUUCCACUUCAUGUACAUCCUCACCAUCCCCGCCGACAUGAAGCUGCUCAAACGCCUCUCUGACUGGGCUCUAGUGGGCCUGGCGUACUUUAACUUGGUGUAUGACUGGGUGAAAGCUGCUGUCAUGUUCGGAGUCAUCAGCACCGUUUCCAGACUGGAUCAUCUGGAUCCUCCCAAGCCGCCAAAAUGCAUCACUAUGCUCUAUAUGUUCGCUGAGACCCACUUUGACAGAGGAAUCAAUGACUGGCUGUGCAAGUAUGUGUACGAUCCCCUGGGGGGGAAGCACGACAACGUGGUGGAGGAGCUGGUGGCGACGCUGUGCACCUUCGGGGUCACGGCGCUCUGGCUCGGCCCCUGCCAGGUGGUGCUGCUCUGGGCCUUCUUCAACUGCUUCGGCCUCAACUUUGAGCUGUGGACGGCCAAGUUCUUCUCCAUGGAGCCUUUCGCUUCUUUUGAGAUGGCGAUGACAGAAGCAAUGUCCCGCAGGAUCAGAGCCGUCGCCAAUACUUUUAACUUCUGGUGCAUCGUCCUGUUCAACAUCCUGGCACUGAACAGUUUGGACUUCGCCAAAUUAGUCGCCAAACGUCUGCUUCUCAAAGGUUUCCCCAUAACCACCAUCAUUGUCAUGUUCAUGACCUACUGCCUGAUUCAAGUGAUAAAGGAGAGAGAAAGGAGGCAGGCACUCAUCGAUGAUCCUGAUCCUCUUCCUCCGGCCCCAGCUCCUACCACCACCACCUCCACCACCACCACCCUGACCAGCGCUGCAGCCGCACCUGCCGCUGCUCAGCCCGUCGCUGAUCCCAGCAAGGAAAAAGCAGAGUAG